GUGGAAUUGGUGGUGCGUGUGAAAUUGAUGAUACUGUACCUGGUGCACAUCGAUGUUUAUGCCCAUUAGGACGUGGUGGUAAAACUUGUAAAAAAGAAAUGAAUGUACAUUCACCACGAUUUUCCGGUCACAGUUGGCUUGCAUUUCCUGCAUUACGUGCAGCAUAUAAACAUGUUCAAUUAACACUUGAAAUACGACCUGAAGCCUAUGAUGGAAUAUUUUUUCUAACGGGUGAACGUGAUGAUAUGGCUGGUGAUUUUAUGGCUUUAUUAUUACAUCAAGGUUUCGUGGAAUUCAGAUUUGAUUGUGGAUCUGGUAUUGGUGUUGUACGAACAGAAGAAACAGUGUUACUCAACCAAUGGAAUCGUUUAACAUUAUACAGACAUCGAUGGGAUGCAUGGAUACAAUUAAACGGUGGUAAACAUGUUAAAGGACGCUCUAAGGGUUUAUUUUCAAGAAUUACAUUCCGCGAACCAUUGUUUAUUGGUGGACCAGGGAAUACCACCGGACUUUCUGAUAAACUUCCCGUAUCUACAGGCUUACGUGGUUGCGUUAGACACCUAGAGGUCAAUGAUCACGCAUAUAGGUUUGCGCUGGCGCCAUAUGGAGAUGCUACGAAAGGCUUCGGUGUUCAGGAAUGCACAGCAGAUCGAUGCAGUCGUGUACCAUGUCAGCAUGGUGGUAAAUGUUUGACGAGUGGUGAAUCGGCUGUAUGUGUAUGUCCGCUUGGUUUCUCUGGGGAUUUAUGUGAAACGCGAGUAGAUUUACAAGUACCAUCAUUCAAUGGUUCUAGUUAUCUACGAUAUCGUGGUCUAGCAAAUUCAGUUGUGUCCUGGUUAGAUUUACAAAUUACAUUAAAACCAGGUGCUGAUAGCGGUGUACUAUUAUAUAAUGGACAUCAUGUAGAUGGUUCUGGAGAUUUUAUGGCUGUAUACAUGAAUGAUGGACAUAUAGAGUUUGCAUUCGAUUUAGGAACAGGAGCUGCUGUAGUUAGAAGUGAAGAACGGAUUAGUAUGGGAGAAUGGCAUGAAGUAAAAAUUUCAAGAACUGGACGUUUAGCAGUAUUACAAGUUGAUACAUCCCCAGCAUUGGAAAUAUGGUCGCCUGGGGCGUUCACACAGUUAUCGUUACCACAAAAUUUAUAUAUUGGUGGAGUUCCAAAUUUUGCCAUUGUCUCGCCAAAUGUACGAGUGCGUACAUCAUUUGUUGGCUGUAUACAAAAAGUGGUUAUUAACAACAGACCUUUGGGUAUUCUUGCUGAAGCAUUGGGUGGCGCCAAUGUUGAUAAUUGUCCACAUCCGUGUGUUGCACGACCAUGUGGAGAAGAUGGAACAUGCAUACCUAAUUUAGAUUAUUUUACAUGUCAUUGUAAGCCUGGAUAUAGAGAUGCACAAUGUAGUUCUAGAGGAAGUGCUUCAGAGCGACAAUCUUAUGACUCGCAAAUACCACAAUUUUCAGGCCUCGACUCAUUUUUACACUUCACUGAUUAUGAAACCAUUGACAAACUAAGUGGACAUCGAGUAGACAUUAAUAUACGUUUUAAAAUUGCCGAGGGCAAUGGUUUAUUAAUAUGGACAGAACGUAUAUCAUUAGGCUUGGAACACGGCGCUUUAGUUUUACGACAUCGUCCUAUAGCUGGAUCAGAUCAUUUAAUAUAUAAUCUUACACGUAUUGAUGAUGGAUUAUGGCAUAGACUAAGAGCGGUUUGGAGUGAAGGUGGAGGGUCAUUAGAAGUAGAUAGUGCUCCUGUUAUAACAGCUGGAUGGGCUUCAGCAGUACAUCACCUACCAACAGUGAGAAAUCUAUUUGUUGGGGGAAUGUCACGUCCAGAAAGAACAACACACGGUAGAUAUACGACCGGAGUGAUAGGAUGCGUUGAAGAUUUAGUACUGGAUUCAGAAUAUCAUAUCAAAUUAAUUGCAAUGUCAGCAGUGGGACAAAAUGUCGGCAGAUGUAAUCCAUAAAAACAUCACUGUCCAUAAUUAAACCCCA